GUGUGUAAUUGUUCUGUUGUGACUCCGCCCACUCAGCCACAGUUUGGUUGUUAGUUCUGGGUGAAGUUCCUCGGCUCCUCGGUGUGGAUUUGAAGCUCAGUGUGAUAUCUGCGAGCUCCAUGUGGAUGUUGUUGGUCGUGUUGUGGAUUCUGGCCUGAGUGUGUGUUGUGUUGUUGUGUUGUGUAGUUGUUGUGUGUUGUGUUGUUGUGUGCGCGCACCAUGGCAGCUGUGAAAGCUCUUCAGCAGUGGUGUAAACAACAGUGUGAGGGAUACAGAGACGUGUCUAUUACCAACAUGACCACGUCGUUCAGAGACGGACUGGCUUUCUGCGCCCUCAUCCACAAACACAGACCGGAUUUAAUAGACUUUGACUCCUUGAGAAAAGAAAAUAUAUUUGAGAACAACCACCUGGCGUUCAGAGUCGCAGAGGAUCAGCUGAGCAUUCCAGCUCUGUUGGAUGCAGAAGACAUGGUGGCACUGAAAGUUCCGGAUCGUCUCAGCAUCCUCACCUACGUCUCUCAAUAUUACAACUUCUUCCACGGCCGCUCUCCCAUCGGGGGUUUGGCAGGAGUGAAGCGUCCAGCAGAGGAACCCAUCGAUGGUUCGUCAGGGAGGAAGAACCCAGCGGUCACCGCUAAAGCCUACAGCUCUCCUAAACCUGACACUGACACCAAGAGAGACGUUGUAGUAGAACGUGCUGAAAAACCCAGCACCAUCAACCGAAACUGCAGCAUCUGUAAUAAACACGUCCACCUUGUUCAGAGACACCUCGUGGAUGGAAAACUCUACCACCGAAACUGCUUCAAAUGCAGCGAGUGCUUCAAUAUUCUCCUCUCUGGAACGUACAAGUCUGGAAAAGAGCCGAACACCUUUAUCUGCAAGUCACACCAGAACACACAGAAGCCUCCCCCCACUCAGGUCACACCACCUGCACGCUACAGUCAAACUACACCCACCACCACCACCACCAUCACCACCAAGGCAGCAGCGAGCCCAAAGGACAUCAUAAAAAAACAUCUGGAAAAAGAUUCCACCCAAAAUAAACCACAACCAUUUUGGGUUUUGAGUAAGAAUGGAAGCUCUGCUGCCCCUACAGCUGCCCCUACAGCUGCUCCUACAGCUGCUCCUACAGCUGCCCCUACAGCUGCCCCUACAGCUGCCCCUACAGCUGCCCCUACAACUGCCCCUACAGCUGCCCCUCGCUAUAAAUUCACAUCGUCACAUUCAGUGGCUGUAACGGUGAAGAUUCCGUCUGAACAGAAGCUUCCCUCAGAGACGCCCAAAGAGCCGAGCAGCUCAGUGCUGAGGAACAUGGAGGCCAGAAACAGGUUCUUUGAGUCCACCAGUAGAACUGUGUUGGUCUCUAAAGAUGGUCCAGGAGCAGGAGGUGCAGGAGCUGCCGGAGGUGCAGGUAAAGGCAAGCAGCAGCUACGAGCAGAAGACUGGACAAAAGACAAGAAAAAAGAAAAGGAUGAUGGUGAUAAGGAGAAAGCGAAGUCUGUCAUUAGUAAAUUUGUGACUGAUGAAACCAGCAGAAGCAGCAGCUCACCUUCUCCAUACGCACUGAGAUCUAAUGCUAAGAGUAACAUGCCACAUGUUCCUGCUGCCAGCAAAACGCCAAACACCAGAGUGUUGCUCAAGCCACCGGCCAUGGACCUGGACCUCAGUACAAGCCCCAGUUUAACUAAAACCGCCAACUGGCAGCAUUCCAGAGAGAAAUCUCCAGCGAGAGCAGCGACCACACAGCCAACUAACAGCAAGGAAAGUUCUACAGCUCCUUCAGACUGGAGGUCUUUACUCAAACCUGUGGCCAAGAACACAAAACCCAGAAGCUCCCAGGACUCCACACCUACCAGCGAGUCCAAGACGUCUAACGCGGGGUCUCGACCAUGGGAGUCGCCCACGAACAUCUCCUCACCUUCAUCUACUGCUUCUCCUUCUACAAACAGCAGCAGUAUGAAAUCUGACUCGACUCCCAGCCGAGGUGCUGAGGAGGGACUUAAAGACUAUAAUGUUGAAAGCAGCACGUCACUCUCACAGAAGCUGUUGAAGCCGGACUACAUCCCGAGAGAGGAGAUCCUGAGGGAGCUGAAGGAGAUCGAGAUGAAGCUGAAUGAUCUGGAGAAGAAAGGAGUGGAGUUGGAGAAGCAGCUGAGGCAGUGUGAGGAAGAGAACCAGGAGGACGUCUUGACGAAUGACUUGAUGGUGGACUGGUUUACUCUGAUCCGAAGCAAACAGGUUUACAUCCGACGCGAGUCUGAACUCGUCUACGUUGGAAGAUCUCAGGACCUGGAGGAGGAGCAGCCUAAUGUUGAGGCAGAACUUCGCAAACUGAUGGAAAAACCAGAACACCUGAAGACUACAAAGGAUAAAAAACGAGAAGAAGAACUGAUGGCCAAACUGGUAGAAAUAGUUAAUGACAGGAACGCUAUUGUGGACGGACUCGAUGAGGACAGACUGAGAGAGGAAGAGGAAGAUGAGCAGCUGAAUAAGAUGAUGCAGAAUCUUGACAUAAAGAAGGAAAAGAAGAAAAGAUCCUCCAUGUCCAGGCUGUUUGGCUGGAAGAGUAAGCAUGAGGCUGAGAGCUGAAGUUGUGUGUUGUGGUGGACGAGGACAUCGAUCAUGGACUCUGUGUGUGUGUGUGUGUGUGUGUGUGUGUGUGUGUGUGUGCGUGUGUGUGCGCGUGUGAGGUUAGUGUUCCACUUUUAAAACUAUGUAAUGAACUGAUCCUGCAUCAUGGUUCACUACAGAAGAUCCAGAACAAUAUGUUUGUGUAGAGACGUCGUCAUGUGUCCGAGUCCUGAGAUGAUCACGACGAACUGCUGCUGCUGAACAUGAAGAAAAGUGUCCAGUGUGUCUGAGAGGAAAUGAACUUGUGUACAGAGAUCAAUAUCAUUGCUUAGGAAACGACCUGUGUGUGUGUGUGUGUGUGUGUGUGUGUGAGCUCUGUGUGCGUGUGUGUGAGCUCUCUCUGUGUGUGUGAGCUCUCUCUGUGUGUGUGUGCCUGUGUGUGUGUGCCUGUGUGUGUGUGUGCCUGUGUGUGUGUGCCUGUGUGUGUGUGCCUGUGUGUGUGUGCCUGUGUGUGUGCCUGUGUGUGCGCCUGUGCAUGUGUGUGCGUGUGUGUGUGCGCCUGUGUGUGCCUGUGUGUGUGUGUGUGAGAGAGAGAGUUCUGUGUGUGUGCCUGUGUGUGUGAGAGAGAGUUCUGUGUGUGUGUGUGUGUGUGUGUGUGUGUGUUGUAUUUUCUGUACUGGGUUAAAACACUUGAUCAGCGAAAUCCUGAUUCAUGUUAAAUUUCAGUCGUCUGUUGUUUUUGUACAGAUUUUACAGAUUUUACAGAUUUUACAGAUCAGCUGUAACCCAGCAGCUGAGGGUGCAGUGCCUCAGUGUGGCCUGCAGGGGGCAGUCGGGCUCUUACACUAAGCACCGGACCGGUACCGGUUUCUGACUGUAUGGACAAUAUGAAGGAGUCGGUGUUAACAUCUAAAGUAUUAAUAUUUAUCUUUAUAUCUUUACAACCGCUGAGUUCUGCAUGAAACGUGGAAUUCACGUGAUGUUGAGUUUUAUUCAGAUUACAUGAGAAAUCAUGACGUGUAACAGGAUCAAUAAAGUUUUUCACAAAAUUCUCAAA